AUGUUAAGGUGUUGGCAGAUGUUAAGUUAUUUUUCUUUAUGCGAACAGUGGCAUUGCAAAAUUACACAUGCAAACUGUUGUAACACACUGCUGGUUGUAACCAUUCUUUUUUGGAGUAAGUAAGUAUCACAUUAGAACAAAAUGGACCCAACCAAUCAAGCUGAAACCCUCCUUAAGUAUGAUGUGCCAAUUAUGGUCAGCACAGACGAGAGCUCCAUCUUAACAGAGAUGCUCUCCGUUAGUGUGAGUCCUCAGCCUCCACAGUCUCAGACUCUGCCGACAACUUCUAGACCUAGAGAUGAACCUGUUCAGAAAACUGAGGACAUCUUAAACACUAUGUUUCCUCCCAGGAAGUGGAUGAGGGGAAACCAAUUAUGGGUGCAGCAGGUGUCCCAUGCACCUUGCAAAAGGCUAGAUGUUGUGUACCUAGAGGAAGACUUUGAACGAAAGCUGCACGAACAGCAGGCCAGGAAAACAGGCAUCUGUCCGGUCCGCAUGGAAAUCUAUGCUGAAUGCUUUGAUGAGUUACUUAGACAGGUGACUACAGACUGCCCUGAGAGAGGAAUGCUGCUGGAGAAGGUCAGAGGAGAAAUUGAAAUGACUGUUGCUGCCUACCAGACACUGUAUGAAAACAGUAUCAUUUACGGCAUUAAGAAAGCACGUCUCUCUGAGCAGGUCUUGCCUGAGCUAAAGAAAAAAAUUUCAGAGAUGGAGAAGGAAAUUAAAACACUGACGAAGAAGGUGGAAGAACAAAAGAAGAAGUAUGAUGCCUAUGUAAAAAUAGAGGAUGAAAAGAGAGAACAGAUGGAAAAGCCUUAUCAUCUAAAGAUAGAGUUCCUGGAGAAACUUAGUCAACAGAUCAAGGACCAAAAGGAUGAAAUAGGAAAGCCUUUCCCCCCAGAUCGCGGGAAAAAAAAUACACACGCCAACAGCCAUGAAAUAACUGACAACUGGAAGAUUGAUUUGAAGAAAUGUAUUCUAAUUUGCUAA